AUGGACAUUGAUUUUGUGGAAACUAUGAUAGUUAUGAUCUUUUUGCUCAUAUUUAGUAUCCAGCUCAGUGAAGCUGAAACUAACUCUGCUGAUGCUCGCAAUGAUGAUAAAAAAAUUGUUAUGAAUUUGCUUUCAGUCAUUACAAAUGAUGAAAUCAAGGAAAGUGAUAUUAAGAAAAUGUACAGAAUUGGCAAAAAAGGUGACAACCCACGUCCGAUGUUGAUCGAGGUUAAAGAAAAGUCUAUGAAAAACAUGAUAAUGGAAAAUCGUGUGAGGGUGAAACAAUUGAGUGAUGAAUUAAAAAAUGUCAGCAUAAGCCAUGAUUUCACUAAAGAACAGCGUGAGAAAUAUAAAAAACUGGUAGCUGAAGCAAAAGAUAAACAGAAACAGGAGUCGGGGGAAUUUUUGUACAGGCAUACUAGCUCUGAUUAUGCGUCUAUGGUUUUCAACUCUUCUGGUAAUGUCAAUAAAAUUAAGGUGGGUCUGUUAAACAUUAGAUCUUUGGGUCCAAAUGUUGAUGAUGUUCAUGGGCUGCUCAAUGAUGGCUUGGAUGUUUUGAUGCUUACAGAAACUUGGCAUAAAUCAUCUGAUAAUAUUUGUCUUAGUUUGGCAAAACCACGUGAUUUUAGUUUUUUGGAACAAGUUAGGUUAAAUGAUCCUGGGCAUGGUGGUUUGGUAACGUAUUUCAGAAACCACUUUAAAUGUGUAAAAAUUCUAUUGCCAGUGAUAAUUACAUUUGAAGCGAUAUGUUUUAAAUUGACGUUACGGAAAACUUCAGUAAUUUUUUUGGUGAUUUAUAGGCCAGGUUCUGCUCCUCCUGCUAAAUUAUUUUUUGAAGAAUUAAUUUUAGUUUUAGAAAAAAUCACUCUUUUAUGUCGCAGUAUUGUAGUUGCAGGUGACUUCAACAUACACGUAGAAACUUCGUCAGAUAUAUAUGCAACAGCCCUUGCUAAUAUUUUCUCUAGUUUUGAUCUUGUCAAUAGAAUUAAUCAGUCUACCCAUGUGCUUGGUGGUACCCUGGAUUUGAUUGUCACAUCGGAUGGUUUUUUGUUAGAAGAUAUAUUGGUGUACCCAUCUGGUAUCUAUUCAGAUCAUGGUUUAGUAACUGGUCAAUUUUUAAUCAAUCCGACUUCAAUCAUUUUCAAGAAAUCGUGGAUCAGAUCCAGGAAACGAGUGGAUAAAAAACGUCUGACUGAGCUUUUGAGGUGCUCACCUAUCUCGAAACAUUAUGGAAAAGAGACAAGUGUUGAAAAUGAAGUUGGUUCAAUGCACAGCGCCGAUGAUUUUAAAAAAUUUUUUGCUGACAAGUUGAAAGUGACCGAAAAGUCAACUGAAUGCAUAUCCAUCUUUCCUUCAACCAAUCUCGCUAUGAACGUUUGGUUAGAUUUUUCCAACAUAACUAAAAAGGGAUUCAAAGUACAUGUUGCUGAGAGGUAUCAAAUGAAGAAACAUGGACAGUUUAAAAAAUUUUGGGAAUCUUUGUUGAUCAGUUACUGGGUUCUUUAA